AUGUCAUUGAUGCUAGCACCUCAAGCACCAUAUAUGCACCCUCACUUCUUACCUUCUUCCUCCCUAGAAGGGUUGGAGCAAGUUAUUCCUCCGGAACCAAACUCGCUUAAGAUCUACAUCCCAAGAUGGAAACUCGACAAACCUCUCCCUAGUCCUCCCGAGAGAAAUUCCGGCAUUUACUCUCCAGACGAACAUUUCUUGAGCAGUGCCCGCUACCAGCGCCCUAAUGAUAGGUGUCGUGAGAAAGGAAUCUAUGCAAAAGCCUUUAACCCAAAGCACGCUCGCUCGGUGGACGAGCUUCGGUUAUUUUAUAGCCGGCAAUCGCCAGUUCCUCGUUCACCUCAGCCUAGGAGACGAGAGGGAAAAGACACUCUUUCCAGCCCAGCAAAACGUGCUCGCCAUUCAACUGAGCCGGUAUUCCAAACCUGCAGCGGGGGACCAGCAAAGUUUUCAAUAAGGAUCGAUGACAAGAGACCACAAGGAGGGAGGGAAGCGCCAAAAAGAUGUUCAACUUUAGGGGCAGCUAGAUCAGCCAACUCAACUUUAAGCCCACGGUCUAAAGGUAUACAUGAGCGAUCCAGGCCGAUGGAAAGUGGCCAUCAAGCGGUUGAACCUCCAAGGGGGGUUGAUAACUCCGAGCUAUGCUUCUGCCAUAUGCCCCAUCCACGACACAGCAAGGUAUUCCCGAAUCAGCGUACCUCAAGGUCGAGUUCCAGCAGAGGCGUCCAGACCGGGGAUCUCCCAGAUGCAGUUUCGUAUAUAGAGCUCAUUCGACGGCCAUCCGAGGCAGACGUACCAGAGGUUACUGUGGAGGAGGUCAACGAUGAGUCAUUUCCCUCUCAGGCAAGGGAAGGGCCUUCAAACCGCACACAGCUAUACUCGUUCACCACCUGCGCAAGCACCUCCAUGGUUGACGAACUUCCCGAGACCUACGGGAGAAAAGAGACCACUGGUUUUGGUCUCUUCAGAUCCCCUCCCUUACCACCGGCUGAUGAGGGCCGCCAUAGACCAAGACAUCUUGCCAUCCCUCCAAGCGACUACCAGCUAUAUGGAGCCAAGGCUCUGCCAAAGAACAAGCCGAAAAAGAAGAAAUCCGGCCUCCUCCCCAACUACAUCAACAAAUUGAUACCCAAGGCCAUACGACGGCAGGCAAGUGAGCCACAGAUGCAACCGUUGAGGACACCCCGAACAGCACCGCCGUGUACCGGGGAGAACACCCGUAGCCGUGAGGAGUGGCUUGGUCUAGGGAGAAAUAGUAACGCCUGGAGGUCGACCGUUGAGUUCUCCCGGGAGGCCUUCGGUUCGAGCUCGACCAACAGGGCUGAGCAGAAGAGAAAGGAAGAACUGAAGAGCAAGAUCGUGAUGGUUGGUCCGACGCCUCACUGGGUCUAG